UGAUUGUGUUAGGUGCGCUACUGUUUGCUCAAGAUGUCAAUAGGGGAUUUUGGUGAAAUCUAGGAAGUACGAUGAUUCAGGAAUAGGACCAUAUCAUAAGACUCAAAGUUCCGUCUCAAGAACAGUGUGAUUUUUCUUCAUUAUGUAUUUACUAUUCAGUUGUAUUAUAUUGUUCCUUGGCGUACCCAGUGUAGGCUCCCAAAACACAGGAAGUUUCUGGCACGUAACCGACUUUCACUUUGAUCCAAGUUACACGUCCAGUCGCAACUCGUGCCACACAGAGGCUAAACAGCGUCCGCUUGGUCAGUAUGGCGACUAUCUGUGCGACUCCCCGUAUGCUCUCAUUAACAGUUCCAUGUACGCCAUGAGGGACAUAGAAGAUAACCCGGACUUUAUUAUCUGGACUGGAGACGACACACCUCAUACCUCUAACGAUAACCUUGAUGAAAGUAAAGUCCUGAGCAUGAUCCUGAACCUGACGCACCUGUUAAUGGAGGUAUUUCCCAACACCCCUGUCUAUGCCGCCCUGGGUAACCAUGACUACCACCCCAAGCACCUGAUGCCGCCGCAUUCUAACCCUAUCUACAAUGCCGUGGCUGACAGCUGGAAGGCGUGGUUUAGAAACGACGUGGCCGAGCAGACUUUCAGAAAUGGUGGGUUUUAUACCCUGCCCAUGGCUCGGAACGGCAGCCGCGUUGUUGUUCUCAAUACUGUGUAUUAUUACACCAAUGACAAGUUGACAGCUAAUGACAGUGACCCAGCCGGACAAUUAGCCUGGCUAGAUGAAGUUUUGACGAACGCAACUCUUGCCAAAGAAAAGGUUCACAUUGUAGCGCAUGUACCACCUGGUCACUUCGAGAGACACAGAACAAAAUACUGGUUUUAUCCGCAAUUUAACAAAAAGUUUCAAGAUCUCAUCGUCAAGUUUUCGAGUGUCAUAGCAGGGAUGUACUUUGCUCAUGAGCAUACGGACAACUUUCGCUUGUUUUAUAAUCAGCAAGAUUAUCCGGUCGCAGCGAUGUUUAUUGCUCCAGCUGUCACGCCCUGGCAAACAACAUUACCCAACAUGAUUGGUUCUGCGGCCAACAAUCCGGGGAUUAGGCUGUUCAAGUACAACCGUGACACCUCCCUGCCUACAGACAUCUGGCAGCAUUACCUGAACUUAACCCAAACAAACAUGACAAACACUGCAAACUGGCAACUGGAAUACAAAGCCAGUGAGAUGUACGGCAUCAGGGACCUCUCUCCGCAAAGCUUGAAUCAACUGGUGUUGAAAUUUAAACGGCAAAAUAGCGAGGAGUUCAGAAAAUAUUACCAGUACAAUACAGCUAGCAUACAACCCGGGGAAACUUGCGGUGAAUUGUGCAAGAAAGUGCACAUCUGUUCCAUCACUAACAUUGAUUAUGAUGAUUUCGAGAAGUGCGUGAUUGGUGCUGUGUCCGCAGCAUCUACUGUAUGCGAUUGGAUGCCCACAUUCGUCUUGUUGAGCAUUAAUGCCGUAAUAGCAUCAAUUGCAGCCAAUUGAGAAAAGCAGUAAUAAAGGGAACUUAAUUUGAUUAGUCAGAAUGAUCUGAUAUCCAAUCUCAAUCUUAUGUCUAUAAGAACAAUUUUUUUUCUCACGAAUAUUUUCACUGCAGGAUAAAGCAUGACUUCGUAAACAACAUUACCCAUUGUUCUGAAUGAGGUUCUAAAAUGUCUUUGUUUCUCAUGUCAUAAUGGUGAUUUUAAGACCUACACAAAAUUAAGAAACUCAAUUUACAAGUCCAAUUUUGUAGUUUGUUUUGUCGUUUGUAAUCACAAAAGCUAAACUUUGUUUAGCGUAGUCAAAUUUAGGUAUGUUGUGGGAUUGAAUUACUUCUAGUUUAAUAGUGGCUUCAUCCCUUACUUUAUAUCAGUUCAAAUCAGCCUCAGUUCUGGUUAAUUCAUCUUCAUUUGUUUUGACUUCUUGUAUAAAUCGCUUUGCUGUAUCGCUAUAUUAAUAUUGUUACUCAAUUAAAUCAUACUUGAUGCUUCACCUAUAGAAAAGGAAAAAUAUAA